GACAGUGCAACAUCUACACUAGAGUACGACUGUACGAUUAUAUGUGCCACGCUGAGAGUGUGUUUGAGCCAGAAAUAAGGAGAAGUAAAUUUGUCACUUAGCAGAAAGAGAGUAGUAACAGCAGGAGAAGAGCAAAGUAAAAAAUAUCAAGAGAAACCAGAAAGAGACUGUGGGAGUGACAGGAGAGAUGCGCGUGGGGAUGAAGUGGGUUUGUCGGAGGAGUUGAGCCGUGCCACUCAUACACACACACACACACACACACACAUUUCCAAAAGCUCAGGACUCCCAAGGAAGGAGGAGAGGAUGAAGAAACACUCGGCCCGAGUGGCCCCUCUCAGCUCCUAUAGCGCCCAGGUGCUCACCUGCCCCAUCUCUGAAGGAGAGGAGGGCUCAGAAUCACAUGCAGAGACUCCAGUCAGUGAAACAAGUGGAAAAGGCACUGCAUACCAGGCCUGCGCCAACACAGUGCUCAAGGUGCUGGGGGGUUUGCUGGUGGUACUGUGUGUCUCCUCGUCCUGGGUGGGCAUCACACAGGUGGUCCAGCUCACGUUCAAAUCCUUUUCCUGUCCCUUUUUCAUCACAUGGUUCAGCACCAACUGGAACAUUUUCUUCUUCCCCCUCUACUAUUCUGGGCAUGUGGCCACCACCAAAGAAAAACGGACGCCCAUUCAGAAAUUCAGGGAAUGUAGUCGGUUGUUUGGGGAGGACGGAAUGUCUCUGAAAGUGUUUCUGAAGAGAACAGCGCCUUUCUCCAUCUUGUGGACACUUACUAACUACCUGUACCUGUUAGCACUGAGAAAACUAACAGCUACAGACGUCUCGGCGCUCUACUGCUGCCACAAGGCCUUUGUCUUCCUCUUGUCGUGGAUAGUCCUCAAGGAUCGCUUCAUGGGUGUGCGGAUUGUGGCUGCCAUUAUGGCUAUCACAGGCAUUGUGAUGAUGGCUUAUGCUGAUGGUUUUCAUGGGGAUUCCUUUAUGGGUGUGGCCUUAGCAGUUGGCUCCGCCUCCACUUCUGCUCUCUACAAGGUGCUGUUUAAGAUGUUCCUCGGCAGUGCAAAUCUGGGCGAGGCUGCUCAUUUCUUCUCCACCAUGGGCUUUUUCAAUCUCAUCUUUAUCUCCUGCGUUCCCCUCAUCCUGUACUUCACCAGGGUGGAGCACUGGGGCUCCCUCUCCUCUUUGCCCUGGGGUUACCUCUGCGGGGUGGCCGGCCUUUGGCUAGUAUUUAACAUCCUGGUCAAUGUAGGAGUGGUGCUCACGUAUCCUAUCCUCAUAUCCAUUGGAACGUUACUCAGUGUUCCAGGCAAUGCAGCUAUUGAUGUACUGAAGCAUGAGGUCAUCUUCAGCGUGGUGCGUUUGGCUGCCACCUGCAUCAUCUGCCUGGGCUUCCUGCUGCUGCUGCUCCCUGAGGAGUGGGAUACGGUCACCCUGCGCUUCCUCACCACCCUGGCUGACAAGAAGACGGAGGAGCAUGGCGAGGAGCUCUCAGAAUCCAGCGUCCACACACGCAGCCGGAGUAGAGCCAACGGAGCCGUAUCCAUCCCCAUGGCAUGACCUUUGACCUGUGAAUGAACAGCCAGCGCUCAACACUGAUCCUCCCUAUGAUUAUGUGGCAGUUUGACUGUAUUUAUAUGUUAGAAAGACAAAAGAGAAGCGAAGAGGAAGGAUGUUUUUUUUUCUUUAAUAAUAAUCACAACAUCAACCAACCAGAACACAGAAAGUCACCGAACGAUAAGAGCAUGCUGUCCUGCUCUUUAAUAGAGUGUUCUGAGAAGAGUGUCCCAUUAAAACAGGGAUAUUUACUGACAGUAUUUUAUUUUAUUUUUUUAUUUACAGAAGGGAUCUAGCAUUCUCUUCCCUGCAAUCUCUAUGGGAAGAUACGCAUCCAUUCCAUAGAAAUGGAAUUUCUGACUUUUGUCUCCCGAUGCAUGACAAACCCUGCACCCCUGAACCCCUCCGCUAGCCCCUUCCCAUGGAAUGUAUUCUGUGAAUAUAGACUCUGUCAGGGCCAGUUCGGCUCACUGUACACAUGAAUGCAUUCAGAGAUUGGAUAUGUAUGUAUAUGAUUAUUUGCAUUGUACGUAGUAGUAUGUAGGAGAAAUAUAUUAUGCUUUAAUGAAUAAGCCUUUCUUUUCUUUUUAUAAUAAAAGACUAAAAUAAACAUCUGCUUUGAAAA